AUCAAUUUCAUAUUAAAUACACAGUAUUGAUUCUCUUAAUAAAGUAUUAGGAUAUGUCAUUCAUAAUAGAAUAUUUGAUUAAUAGAAACAUGGACGCUACUUUGAAGUCAAUAAUAUCGUGCUUUUUCUUGAUAGCAGAAUUUGUUCCAGGUGUGAUUACCGCAGAAUAUUGCUCAUUCUUAACCUAUUGUGAUGACGGAUACUACUGUUGUGAAAACAAUACUAAAUGUUGCUCUGAGAAUGUAUUGACAGUUGGAGCAAUAAUUGGUAUAGUUAUAGGCUGUAUCAUCUUCAUCAGUUGUGUCGUUGCUGUAAUAUGCUGCUUAACUAAACAAAGUCAUCGAAAGGGACAAGUAGUACAACCAGUACAACCAGCUGGUGUAGCGAUCAUAACAACUGGACAAGGUCCCCCUGGUUACAGCCAACCUGGCUAUGGCCAACCACAAAUGUAUGGACAACAGCCAAUGUAUGGUCAACCUCAAAUGUAUGGGCAACAUCCAAUGUAUGGUCAACCUCAAAUGUAUGGACAACAAUCAUUUGCACAGCAACAAUUUGGUAGCCAGCAACCAACAUUCGAUGAAAAAGCGGGCACCAGUGAUCCUGCCUAUCCCCCACCACCACCAAAUUACUAGUCCUGAAACGACGAUAAUCUUUAUUUACUACGAUACUCGUAUGCACAUUUUACCAAAGUACAUACUCCUUAACUUAAUUCAUCUAAAACAGUUAUAGUACCGUAUAUUAUUGUUUCCACAGUUUUGAAUAUCAUGACUUAUGUUCAUCGAUUUGUUAACAUAUAUAAUGGUAUCUUCCUUUACUUGUUUAUGCCAUACUCAGGUAUGUUUAAUGAUAUAUUUCAAUGGACACUUUUUUAAAAUCAGAAUCAAAUGAUAAUGUCAAUAGCCAAAUCAAUAUUUUUGAGACAAAAACAAUAGUAAUAAUAGUAUAAUUUUUAACAUAAUUCUUGCAUACAAACCUACAUUAAAUCAAAACUCCAUAAAAUCACGUUUGUCAUCUCUAUGCAAACUGGGAUAAUUUAUUUACUCAAUAAAAUUUGAAUCUUGAGUGCAUAAUUUAUUACACAUUUCAAUCCAGAUAUACUCGUACUCCAUGACACUUAAGUCACCCAUAUAAUACUUGCGGUGUUCUGGCCCGGCUUUCACUAACGUUCUCAAAGUCAAAAUCUCAGCUCAAAUCUGAGAUUUUUCUCAAAUUAGAAAUUGAGAUUGAGAUUUUUCUCAGUUUAGCUUUUACUGAAAAAUAUUGAGAACAAUCUCAACUUAAUAUUUGAGAUUUUUCUCAGAUAUAUUGAGACAAGGGUUGGCUGUCUCAGAUUAUGUCUCAAUGAAACUAAAUUUUUAUUCUCAGUGGUCAUCGAAACUCCAAAGCAUUCUGACAGUCUUACAGGCUGAUACAAAUUAAAAAAAGUGCUGGUAACCCUUUAUGAUCAACGGAAGGCUUAAAGGUGCAAUUCCAUAGGCUAUUAAACACAGGCACCUAAAAGGUGUUCCUCAUACAGAACUUCGGUACUUGUUUGGCCUGUAAAAAGACUAAAAAAUGAGAUAACGAAACAUUGUUAUCAUCGCAGCAUGUUAUUUUAAAACUUUGAUUCAAAUUGCUACAAUAACUUUAACUGUGUCAAAAUGUAUGAAACUAAAAAUGAAUGCAUGUAAAAAACAUAAUCAUAAUUCUCAACGGAAACAUAUAGUUCAUGUGGAGAAAAUUAAUUGUAAUUAUAACAGUUUAUGAGUAAUGGACAUUUGGUCAGCGAUAAUAUAACGCUGCACAUAUGAUAAUGCUUUAGAAAUAUCGUGGCGAAAAGUAUGUCUGUCUCUUCAUAUAACAAAUGAAAUUCAACUUUCUCUCGAACAUACUUCUUACAUUUCUUACCCGUGAUGAAUGUGACCCUCAGACUAUUCCUAAAACAUUCAAGAUCAGACAUUUUCAAACAUCCAAACUUAUAUUUUUGAGUGACUUUAUUUCUCAUUUCUUCAUCACUACCUUCAUCUCAGAGAAAUUAGGAAAAAUACUUUCCACAAAGUCCGUCAUUUUCGUUAAAGUGGGUUUGGUAUAUGCAUAUAUAGCAAGUGCCAAAGAUUUUGUAACUUAUUACAAGUUUUCCAGUAGGCUAGAUCAUAUUAUUUUAUCAGUAAGCGAAAAUUAUCUUUAUUUUAUGACUUUUUGCAAUUUAGAUUUACUAUUUGGUUCAAAUCUGCUGAAAACUUACCCUAAAGAGAAAAUGUGUCAUUAUGUCAAUGGACAUUUUACAUUAUUGUUACCUUUAAGUGAACCGAAUGAAACCAGUACCUAAAAUAUCAGCACAUAAUUGUAGAACCGUCUUUCUAAAACAAACAUAAGAACUACAUGUUUUACUUAAGGCAUUCUGUGGAAGCAAAGCGUGAAGUGAAUUAAAAAAAAUAUAUAUAAAUAGAUAUUGUGCAUAUUGAAUAAAGAGAUGCGUGCUUUUUACGAGUAUGUGACUAGUUUUUAUCAUAACUGAUUUCAAUUAAACACAGACACGUGUCAAAUGGUUCCAAUCGUUUGAGUUUAUUGAUAAAAAUCCUUAUUCUAUUUUAUGCUAAAUGCAAUGUAUAAUGUCGUUUAUAUUUGUUGAUCUGAAAAAUUCAUUUUAUAUUAAAAAGGC